AAAGAGCUGAUCUGAAAGAUAAGGUUUAGACACACACUGACAGAUUUUGUGGAUCAAGGUCAGGUAGUUCUCUUUAUACAACAGAAUGGCUUUACGCUCGACUAAAGUAUGCGGCUCUCCAGAUAUUCAAGAAGACCUCAGGAUUGUUCUGCUGGGGAAGACUGGCUCAGGAAAGAGUUCAACUGGGAACACCAUCCUGGGAAAUGAGGUCUUUAAGGCAAAAUGUUCAGCAUCUUCUGUGACAAGGACUUGUAGAGAAGUAGUCUUACAGUACAAAGACAGAAGAGUGAGGCUCAUUGACACGCCUGGGAUCUUUGACACGUCGAUAGCAGAAGUCAAGUUGAAAGAAGAAAUCGAGACAUGUAUCCUCCUCUCUGUCCCAGGACCCCAUGUGUUCCUGCUUGUGAUCAGACUGGAUGUUCGGUUUACACAAGAAGAGAAGAACGUGGUUAAAUGGAUCAAGGACAACUUUGGUGCAGAAGCCUCUAAGUACACACUUGUACUUUUCACCAGGGGAGACGAGCUCGGGCAGAAGUCCAUUGAGACUUUUUUGGAAGACAGCUCUGAUCUCAAGGAGCUCAUCAGAACGUGUAACGCCAGGUACAUUGUGUUUGACAACAAGAGCAUGAACAAUCGCACUCAGGUGAAUGAUCUGUUUGAGAAGAUAGAUGAGAUAGUGCAGUUAAAUGGUGGGCAUUACACCAGCAGCAUUUAUGCAGAGGCCCAGAGAAAGAUCAAGUCAGCUGAGUGGUGGAACACCUGUGUACAGUAUGUGCCCCUGUUAAGUGCAGGAGCUGCUGCUGCUGCUGCUGCUGCUGGAGCUGCUGCUGUUGCUAUUGGAACUGGAGCUUCUGCUGCUGCUAUUGGAGAAAAGUAA